UCCGUCGCGACGUCGAUCGAGCCCUCUUUCACCGUGCACGAUCAACUACCCGCACUCGUGUGUCGGCGGGGGGGACUCGAAUGGGCUUUUUUACUCCGAAAACCCCGUCAUAACCUCAUUGUGUGUGUACAUGUGUGUGCUAGCGCCUCCUGGUGGUCGGGCCGAGGGGGGAUGAGGAGGGAAAUUUGAAUAAAAUAGAUAUCGAUAUCGUCACCCAAAACUGGGGGUAAAUAGACGAGCUUUUUCCUCUGGGUGUAUGUGUUGAGUGCACCGGGGUGUAUUAAUGUGUCUGUGAGGGAGAGAAGAGAGGGUAGUAGUGGAGUGGCGGUAGUAGUGGAGGAUGAGAUCGAUUGGAUAGUCGGCGGAUACGUGGGCCGUCGGGGGGAAGAUAUUUGACUAGAAAUAAAGGGGAAGGGGUAAUUCCAUCUGCGAAGGAUCAUCGAGAACGCGAUCAUUCACCCGAAGACCCUUGUUCCGGAGGAAGAACAAAGGAUUGUUCCUGGCAGAUCAAAGAACCAGUGAUAUCGUGCGUGGGUAAGGCAGGAGCGCCGAGCGUAAUCCAAAAGGACGAGAGACCAAAUUUGUACCGGAUGUUGCCGCGAUACCGCGCGAAGGAAACGCGGCCCGUGGUUUUGAUUCGUUGAGCUACUCCCAUGGUUUUAUUCACCGAAAACGGGUCAAAGAUCGAUAGCGGUGAGUCGAGUGUCUUCAUCGCACUCGUGUCCCCAUCCAAAUCCGGCGAAAUCAAUUCCCACAAUCUCGUAGCGAUGAUGAUCCAUUGAAUCCCGAUAUGAGUGGCAUCAUUUGGAGAUGUCCUGGUAGAUUACAUGGAACGAUAUCGACAGAGUCAAGCGUGAAGUGAAGGCUUGAACCCCCGGCGAAUGAUGUGUGCAGAUGAACUGGAGAAGGAUAAAUAAUUGCUGGACGACGCCCGGUCCACGAGUGAUCCUCAUCAGGUCGAUUGGUUGAGCCGCGAAUGAGCGGAAGGACAGCCUGGUUCGAUAGGUGGGACAGGUCGAGUGAAGGUCGAUCGAUGACACGAAGGAGACGAGUGAGGAUUGAAAGAGUGAAACGAAAGGACAAGGGAGAGAGAGGCCUGACCGCUCAUCAAACUACCUCGGGAAAUUGACGUUUGUCAUUGAGCACGUGACGCAAUCGAUAGACCAGCAGCAUCCGAAAAGGUCAGGGCGGCCGAAAAAAGGUGGCGGAGGCAUUGAAUCGGAAGUGGCUGCAUUCUGCCAGUGAGAAAAACCCUAGGCGAAUCAUCACCAAUCGAGAAUCGAAUGAAACAGUUAAUGUUGAUCCCUUUGGAUGCGUGGAGGAGAGGCCGACAGGAGCUCCACCUUGAAGAAACUGGGAAGUGGGAGAAGAAGUUAGAGUGGGAAGUGAAUAGACGACCUGUAUGUAGGGUGGGAAAACGUAGGGAAGUGGGUCAGGUCGGCUAAAAGUGAGAGAGUCGAUUGGCGGAUGAGAGGAUAGGGGGUGAAAGAGGAGCGGAUAGCCGGAGAGGUAAAGUGGAGAGGGGAUUUUGGGGGUGGGAAAGGAAAAGAGCAGAAGCGGAAGUCAGAUUAGAACAAAGGGGGGGAAGGAUUGAAGGGAAAGACGUUUAUUGAGAUAUGUCUAGGGACCCUUACGCCUCAAGUGGGGUGGUUGGUCCAGGUGGUGGGACUAGAUCACCGCGUAGUAGUAGACGCGUAGCCGAAUUGCCGACAGUUGAUCGUAGCCCAUCGAGGAGUUAUGCCAGUGGACGGGGCAGUCCUCUUGGACGUAAACGCGGAACAAGAAGUGGUAAUAAUUCACCGGAACACCUUAGUUAUGGAUCCUAUCAUCAUCAUCAGUUGAGUAGUCCUUUUUAUUCGCGAGACGAGGAUCUGGGGAGUCCAGUUAUGCUGGAGGAAAGGGGUAGGAGUAUGUCAACCGGGGGUGGGGGUCAUCAUCGGUCACGAAGUGCCUCGAGGCCUGCCAUGUCGGGGGCUUCAGGACUGUCAGCCAGGUACACGAGUUUGGAUCGCGCGUCAGCUGGGAUUCUUGAUCAUGAUCGAGAAUUUGUGCCCAUACGCGAGCCCAGGGAGCGCAGUAGAGAUCGCAGUGGAUUGUAUCUGGAUGACGAUAUCUAUGGGUCGAGAUCAGCUAGGCAGAGUCCCAAUCCCCAUCUACUCAGGGAUGGCGGACUUUAUAUUGGGGAGCUGCAGCAUCAGAAUAACGAUCUUCAGAGAGAGCUUGGGAACCUUAAGAAGGAACUCGAGCUCACUAAUCAGAAGCUUGGGAGCUCGAUGCAUAGUAUCAAGACGUUCUGGAGCCCGGAGUUGAAGAAGGAGAGGGCACUUAGGAAGGAGGAGAGCACUAAGUACAGUCUCAUCAAUGAACAGCUGAAAUUACUCAACUCGGAGAAUCAGAAACAAAGCAUGAUGGUCAGACAACUCGAGGAAGAACUGAGAAUGCGGAUGCGAGGUCCUAGUGUCGAGAUGCAGCAGCAAAUGGAGGUACUUUACAACGAGAAUGAGCACCUAACGCGGGAGAUCGCCAUCCUAAGAGACACAAUAAAGGAGCUUGAGCUGAGAAUAGAAACUCAAAAGCAAACACUGCAGGCCCGCGAUGAAAGCAUCAAAAAGCUCCUUGAAAUGCUCCAGAACAAAGGAAUGGGAAAAGAGGAGGAGAGGAUCAUGUUCCAGCAGAUGCAGUCCAUGGCGCAGAAGCAGCUUACUGAAGAGCUGGACGAACUCAGGGGUGAGGUACAGCGCAGGGACCAGGAAAUACUUGGUAUGGCCGCCAAGAUGAAGACAUUGGAGGAACAGCAUCAGGAUUAUCAGAGGCACAUCGCUGUUCUCAAGGAGUCACUCUGCGCCAAGGAGGAGCACUACAAUAUGCUUCAGGCUGACGUCGAGGAGAUGAGACAGAGACUAGAAGAGAAAAAUCGUUUAAUCGAGAAGAAAACUCAGGCUGUCCUGCAGGCCCAACAGGAGAGAAAUCGUUUCAAUACCGAACUCACAGAACUCAAAGACCACAUGGACAUUAAAGAUCGCAAGAUUAAUGUCCUCCAGCGAAAGAUUGAGAACCUUGAGGAUCUGCUGAAAGAGAAAGACAACCAAGUGGAUAUGGCACGUGCAAGGCUGACCGCGAUGCAGGCACACCACUGCAGUAGCGAGGGCGCACUGAGCAGCCUGGAGGAAGCUAUCGGGGACAAGGAGAAGCAGAUGGCACAGCUGAGAGAACAGCGUGAUCGUGCUGAACAAGAAAAACAGGAGGAGAGAGAACUCCAUGAGAGAGAAUUAGCUGAAUAUAAAAUGAAGAUUCAUGCUUUGGAGUCUGAGGUGGAAAAACUGGGUGCACGAUUGGAGCGUGCACAAGCAGAGAAGGAUCGCCUGGAGGCAAAGCUCGAGAGUUCACAGUCAGAAUUAGGUAAAAGUAAAGCAGAGUUGGACAAAGCAGCCUCUGAGGUGGGUAGAAGUGGUGCCGACUGGGAGGCAGCCAAACAGCGGCUCACAAGACUUGAAUUAGAAAACGAGAGAUUGCGACACGAUGUUGAAAAGUCCCAAACAGGAUUCGGUAGGAGUACGAUAAAUUCAUCUCAAGAGAUGGAUAGAAUUCAUGAGCGAGCUGAAAAAGCAGCAACUGAGCUGAGAAGAGCCCAGGCUGAGUUGCGCGUCACACAGGCGGAUAACGAACGAGCGAGGGCCGAAGCCACAGCCCUUCAAGAAAAGGUGGAAAAGAGUCAGGGUGAGGUGUAUCGGUUGAAGGCGAGAUUGGAAAAUGCUCAGACUGAACAAGAGAGCUUGCGUGAUGAGUACGACAGGGCGCAGGCGACUGUCGCCAGGCUGCAUUCUGAGAGGGACAAGGCAGUUGGAGAAUUAGAAAAAGUGCAAGAGGAGUUAGAGCGUACACAAGCGACACUCGGUAAGACUCAGCUGCAGCAGGAGAGAAUUCAGAACAUGUUGGACAAAGCGCAGAGCGAGGCUGACAAGCUGCAGGAGAGACUCGAUAAGUCGCAGACGGAAGUCCGUCGUAUGCAAAUGGAGAAGGAGAAGCAGAACUACGACUUCGAUAAUAUGCAGAGUCAAUUGGACAAGGCCCAGGGGCAAACUGCAAGGAUACAAAAGGAGAAAGAUGCAGUUCAGCUCGAGUAUGACCGACUCACAGAUAAAUACGACAAAGCACAGAUAAUCGUCGCAAGAUUACAAAAAGAACGAGACAAUCUCCAGGAAGAGGUCUCCAAGCUUCAGCGGGAUAAAGACAAUGCACUCUCCGAAUUAGAUCUUGUUAAGGACAGGUGGGAAAAGGCGCACAACUCCCAUCAGAAGUUGACUUUGGAACGCGACGAUGCCCUCACGGAAAUUGAAAUACUCAAGGAGAAGCUCGAUAAAUCCCAAUAUACCCUAGGCAAGGCGAUGGAGGAGCGUGACACUACGAGUAAAGAAUUCGAAAAGCUAUUGGGUAAAUUUGAUAGAGCACAAAGCGAGUCGUACCGUCUCCAAAACCGCAUAGAAGUCCUGGAGGCCGAGAAAGACCGUUUGGAACUGGACACGGAGAAGAACCAGCACCUGUCAAUCAAGAGUCGCGAGGAGGCGCGGAAGGCGCAAGAGGAGCUGGCACGAGUGCAGGAGAUGUACGACCGUGCAGCGCUGCAACUGGGCCGCGCCAAAGAGAGUGAGGAGAAAUCCAAGGAGGACCUGGACCGUCUGAGCGUAGAUCUCGAAAUGUUGCGCGAGCGAUACGAAAAGUCUCAAAUCGAACUCCGGCGUUUGCAGAACGAGCGCGAGAAGCUCGUCGCCGAUAACGAAAGAAUAAGCUUCGAGCUGGACCGUGCGCAUUCACAACUGAACAAGGCCCAGGGUACCUCGGAGAAGACCCAGGACGAGCUCCAGCGAAUGCAGAUGGAGAUCGAGAAGAUGUACGAAAAGCACGAUAGACAACAAGCGGAGGUGCGCAAGGCGCAGGCAGAAGCCGAGAGACUGCGAACAGAAGCGGAGAGUGCGAGGGAGGAGUGCGAGAGGUACGCAGCAAGAUUCGGUAAAUACCAGGAGAGCCAGGAGCGCCAGAAGGAGGAGCACGAGCGCGCUAAACUCGAUGUCGAACGACUGCGGGACAGACUGGACAAGGCCCUCGCUGAGCUGGAUCGUGCGAGAAAGGCUGAGCAGGACGCCUCGCGAUUGCGUGCCGAUCUGGAGCGUGCAGAGGGCGUUCGAGGUAAAUACCAGUUCGAACAAGAGAAAUGGCAGAGUGAUAGUAGUAGGCUACAGCAGGAUCUGGAUAAAGUAAGGGAGAGGCUUGAAGUACGCGAGGCCGAGUUGAAGCGUACACAAGCGGCUGGCGUCGAGCUAGAGGCUCAAUUACACGAGAGCCACCUGCAGCUUGAGAGAGCUAGAGAGGAAGCAAGUAAGGCUAAUGCCAAUCAAGAGAAGAUGAGAUCCGAAAUUGAGAGGGCGAAGAUCGAGGCGGAGAAAAUCCGAGAUAGACAUGAUAAACUCAAAGCCAGGGCUGAUGCGCUUGAGGGGGAUAACGAGAAGUUGAGGGUUGAAAUCAUUAGACUAGAAAGGCUCAUGCAGACUGAGGGUAAAACGAGAUCGGAAAGUGCGAGUAUCGAAGUCGAGAGGCUGAGGGCGAGCUUGGAUAAGGCCAUUGUGGCCAGGGAUCAGGUGGAGUUGGAAGCUGGUAGACUUGCCAAAGAACUCGAGAAGUCGCAGAUGGGGUUGGCCAAGCAUCAGGAGGUCGCUGAAGAGGCCAAGAAGGAGUACGAGAGGGUGAUGAAUGAACUAACGAUGGUACGAGAGGAACGUGAUACGUUGAGGCAGGAGAUUCGAAGAAUUCAACAGCAGCAACAGGUCAUUGGUAACGAGGAACUGGCGAAACUUCAGCAUGACGUACAGUUGGCGCUGCGUGAGCGCGACAAGUUGGCAGCUAUUCUUGAGAAUCGCGAGAAGCACUCGGAGAAGAUCGAAAAACUCAGGGAGAAAUUGGAGGCGGAGAACAAGCAGCUGCAGGUGGAGCGAGAUCAGCUGGUGAUUCAGUUGGAGAAGUCUCAGGACAUGCUGAUGAACUUCCAGCAGGAGUUGAAUACAAGCGAGGCAGAAUUGGAGCGACAGAGAGAAGAAGUCAGACGACUGCAGCAGGUGCAGCAGCAGGGAACGCCCGAUCGUGCCGUCAAGGAGACCCUCGAGGCGCAGCAGAGGGAAGUGCGACGUCUCACUCAACAAGUUCAGAGUCUCACCCAGGAGCAGGCCAAGGAGCGACAGCGCGCGGAACUCGCGGAGAAGCGUAUUCAAGAGCUGCAGAUGCAGCUGGCAAGUGCGGGAGCCUCGGCGACCAACGAAGCGCAGAUAGAGCAGUGGCGAAAGCUCGUCGAGACGGAAAAACAACGGGCAGACAACGCGGAGAAGAAUGCCAACGAGCUGCAGAAGAGAAUUCAAACGUCCGAGCGACAGAUACACGCCCAGCAGCAGCAAAUUCAGCAGAUGCAGGUAAUGCUGCAGCAGGGACAACAGCAACAGCAGCAGAAUGGCGGCGGCCAAGAGGCUGCUAAACUGCGCAAGGACCUCGAACGUGCCAGAGAGGAGAUCAAGCAGGCAACCGUUGAGCGCGAACGCUUCCAAUCUCAGCUCGAGAUGCUGGUGCAGGAGCUCGAGAAAAAUCAGGUCGAUCUUCACGAGGCGAACAAGAAACUCCAAGCUGGCGCAGCGAAAGCUGGCGUCGACACUAGUCAGGAGAGAAAGCAACUUGAUGAUCAAAGACGUCAGUUGGAGGAGCAGAAGAGACAGACUGAGGAGCGAGCUAAAAACGCGGAGAGUAGAUUUAGGGCUGCCGAAGAGAAGGAGAGGAUGCUCCAGAACCUCGAUCAAGACCUUAAGAAGCGAAAAGCAAAAAUGGAUCAAUUGGAGCAACAGCUUCAAAAGAGCGGUGGGUCGCCGGACAAAAGACUGGCAGAGAUGCAAAAGUCCCUGGAGAUUGCCGAGCAACAACUGGAAAAGGCGAAGGAAGAUGCUGGAAGAAGCGCCGCCGAAACCGAAAGACUACUUCAACUUGUGCAAAUGACACAAGAAGAGCAAAACUCGAAGGAGAAACAAAUCCGAGAUUUGCAAGAAGCACUGAAAGCCGCACAAGCCAAGUUGAAACAAACAGCUGCACAGCAACAAGAGCACGAGCAUCCAUCAUGUCUCGAGAAUACGAAUGGAGAUGCAGAGAAUAUCAAGACCAACAGAAUUCGUCAAUUGGAGGCGGAAGUUAUGUCUCUCGAGAACUUCUUGAGAGAUUACUCAGACAAUGAAGGAAUUGCAGAUCUCCGUAACAUUAUUCAAAUAAAAUCCGAAAAAAUUGAGAGCCUGGAGGACACAAUAGCGGAGUUUGAAGACUUUCUGAAACAAAAUCCCGACGUCAAGGAGCUUCGAGAUCUCAAGGCUCGAGUGACAGUGGGGGACAGGAGAAUUCGAGAGCUGGAAAAUUGGAUUGAACGCAACGGCGACGUAAGAAUCGAAAAAACAAGGAUCAUGGAAUUGGAAGAGAUGGUGACCCAUCUGGAGGAAUACGUCAAGAGCCACAACGUUGAUGCCUUGAAGCAACAGCUCCAGGAUCGUGAAGAGAGGAUUGAUCAAUUAUCAAAGAAAAUCGAAGGCCUAGAGAAGGAUUUAUUGAGACGAGAAUCCCUGCGAAUCACGGGAAAUUCUCAGUCAGAAAUUGAAAACGACUACUUCAAACGUACGUUAGUUGAGAAAGACCAGAAGAUGAAGGAGAUGGAGCACACGAUAUCCGAGAAAGACAAUCGGCUCCAGGGGUGUGAGCAAGAAAUCGUGGAGUGGCAGGAUAAGGUGGCGAAGAUGAAGGAAGAUAUGGCGAGUAUGAGGGAAGAAUUGAGGGAAUAUGAGGCCGAAGAUAUAGGAGUUCUGAAAGAAGAGAUUAGAGUUCGAGAUGAGAGGGUUCAACAGCUUGAAGAUGAAAUCGACUCAUUAGAGCGAGCGUUUGGCGAGAGAAUUGAUCUGGAACAAAUUGAAGAACUGCUGGGUGUGAUAAAGGAGAAGGAGGAGAAAGAGAAUCGAUUGGAGGAAGACUUGAAGAAUGCUAAGCAGAAGAAUGAGGAUUUGAAGGAGGCGCUGAGGGGAAGCGUUAAAAUCACGAGUGACAGCGAGAGGAGAAUUAAAAUGAUCGAGAAGGCGAGGAAAAACGCUUUCGAACGGGUGGAGAAACUAGAGCAGAGAAUAGCAUCGAUGCAAUCCGCCUCGGCGCUGAAGUGCCACACUUGUAGGCCCUUACUGUCCAAACUCUCCAAGUGCGAGAAGAAACUCGAGCGUUUAACGGACGAACGUAUAGUCCAACUCAAAGACCUUCAUCACUUGAAACGUGAAGCACUCAAAGCUGCCUUAUCGGAGAAGGAUGCACAUCUGGCGCUAUUGGAGCUAUCAGGAAUAAAGAAUGCAGCCCAGGCAGAUCAGGCGGAGAAGCUGAAGGUGGAUAAGGAGAGAUUGCUGGAGAGGCUGAAGCAAGAGGAUAGAAGAUGUAUGGAACUGUCUGAGGAAGAGGAGGAAUCCACUUCAAGCGGCGAAUCAACUCCACUCCUCACGAGAAUUCUGGAGCCAACACUCGCAAAAGAGGAGGACCUCGAUUGUAUUCGAGUGUUGGAGGGAGAUAACCACGAUGCUCCUCAGAGUGCCUCAGUGUCUUCCCGACCACUCAGUACUAAUGGGCAUGGGAACGGAGACGGAAAGUCAACUCAACAAAGAAUGCGGUGAACAUCUGGAGAUAAGGGUCAGAUAAAUAGUCAAACGCUUGGAAUACUCUCUCCAGACCCCUCGUGCUUCAUCGUGCGCGCAUGCGAGUAAUGAACGACAUCCCAAAGCAAUUCUGUUUUUCGUUUGCGGUCUCUGUCGCAUAAUCAAUCAUCCCAAAGUUUCAAUCAUCUGGUUUUAUUCGAAAGCUAUUAAAUUCAACGGCGAAGAUUAGUGAACUGAGAAGGAGGAAGUUUUUGUCUGUCAGUGGCCUCGGCUCGUAUCAAUUCGUCAAUUUUUUUAGUCACUCCAAUCUAUCCAAGAAAAUAUAUCACUUGCAAUCUGCGAGAUACCAAUCAAUUAUUUGAAAUUUACCCCAGGAUCACAACAAUCUAAGCCUAAUUGACAAAUCUGGAUCCACAGGAUACAAUUCCUCCUGGGAAAUUAUAUCGAUCGAACGAAUUUCUAGGACGAAACAAAAAAAUGAGGAUAAAUUAGGGAAAAUUGUGUAACUGCAUUAGAUGAGAUUUAGAAGAGUGAGGAGUGAUGAAGACGUUAUUGUGACAAAUUAAUUUCAUUUGGAUUUCUCGUCACGGGUCCAAAGAUCGUCGUUGUACAUGUAUAGGAAUAAACCGCAGUGUAUUAGCGUAGUUUAGAGGGAGAUGAGGAUUGAGGAUUGGCGAGAUAAGAGGGUUUAAGUGAAGUCAAAGAUUUAUGAUACGAAUAUUAAAUUCUAAUGUAAUAUUGCAAUAUUUCUGUAAUAAUGAAAUGAUGAUAACUACGAAUGAGAUGUUUCUGUAAUGUAAAACACAGCUCUAAUCUGCUAAUUCGAGGAUUUAUGGACAAAGGUGCUGAAUCGUUUAUCAUGUUGACAAUAAUGACCGUUCGUAUGCAUCUGUCGUCGCCAGUGCGCUCUCGGGUAAUUAGGGAUCCCUCUAAUCGUUGAUAUUCAUAAUAUCGUUUGUAAUAAUGCGAAGCCAGAUGGAAUUUAAUUUUUAGGUGAUAUUUAUAGGUCUUGUUUUGCGGUUCUAAAAUCAAUGAGAUUAUUUAUUUUCAAAUGCCAAAAUUGUAGGAGUGAAUUAGUUGUGAUGGUUAGACGGUCCAUGUGUGAAAAAUAUUAAUUUAGAUCAAGUUCUAGGGAUAGAGCGAUAGUUGAAAUGCUUAAAGUGUUAUGAUGUGGAAAGGCCAUUUACCCGAGGCACUAACUAUGCAAAUUUUUGUAAAUAAUUUAUUUACCCCCCUUCACAUUGUUUCAUCAGAUUAAAAUUCGAAUAAUGCGAGUAUCUACUGAUUAUUGCCACCUUGUAUCAAUAAUUCAGAUUGAAUUCAUCCCCGGGAAAUAUUUAUCGAGAGAAUUAUUUAAAAAAUUGAAGAUAUAUUGUCCAUUCAAUGUGAACGAAAUCAUGGCUUGUCUAUCCAAUAAAUUGUUAGAGCCAAAGAUUUAUCGAAAUGAUGAAUUCAUGAACACAUUUCCGUCGGUGAAUUUUCAAGUAGAAACCAACAAAUAAUUAAAAAUAAAACGAAAGUUGAUUCAAGCUAUAGGGAGGACGUAAAUGGUGGGAGAAAAUUGAUAGCUUUCAAGUGGAAAGAAAAACAAUUUAUUCGGGGAUUAUAAGAUAGUAGUUAUGCAAAUUAGCUGUUUUAUGUGGUUUUACAGAUUAAAAAUUAUAACUGUGAGAGAAAAAUCAAUGAAGAAUUAAGAUCGCGACAACAGGGUUGUUCGCUGGGCAAUUUUAUUUAUUUAAAACGUGCCACCGUCAUAUCAAGCCUAUAUCAUCGUGUUAUGUCAUAGCUAACAAAGUAAAUUAAAAUAAUAAAACUAAAGAAGUGAAUAUAAAACGUUAAAAGAAGCACAUUGUUAACGACGAAUGAUUUUUCAAUGAAUGCAGAAGAACUUCCUUCAUACGUUCGAGGAUUUAACAGAAAUGAAUAUAAAGAAAAUGAACAAAGUAACGAAUUGAAUUUUCUUGUUGACACGUAUAAAUACUAUAAAUUUAAAAUGCUGUAUUAUUCAUUAUUAUUAUUGUCUGAGGAUAAUUCAGAGUUUCAGUGCACCGUGUUAUAGAUGAUGAGCUAUUAUUCCUCGUAUAGGGAUAAUUGACGACAAUGGUAUUACAUGAAGAUGAGUAAUUAUUAGUAUUAAACGAAAUGAGAUUAAUGAAACCAAAAAAAUAUUAAGUAAUUUUCUCCAUAUGAAUGUGCGUAAAAAAUUAAGUCAAAUUGAAAGAAAAUAAUAAUAAAUAUGACAAAUUGGCGGAUUACUUCAAUUGAAUACAAAAACACUUCUCGUUAUUGAAACAUAUAAUUAAUUCGUUAACAGCGGUGGAUAUUGGUGUUAAUGAAAAAUAUUGAAAUAAAUCAAUAAUUCACCACCGCAGUGUGUGUAUAACGAUUCUCCCUCGGGACAAAUGAGGGCUGUAACGAUUAUUUUUCGACUCGACUGUUUAGUAUUUAACGAAUGUUUUUAUGUGAAUAACAAUUAAAAAUGGAACAAAAUGAAGAAAAUGAUUAAUAAUUGAAAUAUGGCAUGCAAAUGUAGUUUGCAGUCUAUUCGCACUUUUUAUGGCUUUGGACUUGGAUCCUAAACGUUUUUUUAUUCUCCAGAGAACAAACAGGUUAAUAAUGAAAGAGAGAGAGAGAGAAAGAGAGCGAGUGAAAGUGUGAGAGGGAAAUGAAAACCAAAAAAACAAUGAGACAGAUUAAAAAAAUGCAAAAACCAAAUACUAAACAAUUUCUACGUGUUAUCGCUACAUUAAUAUUUUUAAGCAAGUAAAUAAGAAUUCAAAUUCGCGUGAACAUAUUUAUUUAUAAGUUAUCAACUGUGAAGAUAUUAUUUAAUUAAUUAGUGAAUAAAUUGUAUCGUCAGAGUUUUAAUCGAUGAAAAAGCAAAAAAACAUGAAAAUGGUCCAUAAGUGGCACUCGCGUGUACAUAUUUAUUAACAUUAAUGGAACGAUAUGUUGAGGAUUGUGGAAUGAUAAAUGAAGAUUAUUAUUAUAAUUGAACCAAAGUAUUCGCCUAUGGAGUCAGCACGCCUCCGAUCAGAUUCACGAUUGAAUUAUGAGAACUCCCUCCAGGGAUUGAUGAUAAUUCAAACAAUUAAUUAAAUCAUGUCAAUGGAGAAAAACAAGUUAUAGUUGAAACCAAUAGAACAACGUGAAUUGAAGUUCGGAGGGGAGUGAGAGGAGAGGAGAGGUACAUGAGAAAAAUAGCCUUUAAGUUUAAACUCAUAAGUUCUAUCGAUUAAGGCUAAAGGUAUAACAAAAAAACAAAUGAAAAUAAAAAUUAUUAAAGUAUAUUGUUGCAACUGCCAUGCUGUGUGCCAUUAUACUGCGUCACGUUCGUCAUUAAAUGAGGUAUGAAGGAAGAGUAUUGACAAUGGUAAAUGCUGAGAGAUUGAGAAUAAUAACCAGCCAAUGUAGAUGGGAAAAAAAUUGUCUAUUUCCAUGAGCGCUGUGUAAAAAGCCUCGAGUAGUUGAGUAUUGUGAGGGUUUACGAGUGGAUAUUAAAGUUAUCUUUCCCGGUGCACAUCUCGAUAAUCUCAGUUGACUUCUCUCGUCCUACCGACGCUUUUCAUACUAAAAAAAGAAAUUUUAAAAAGGAAAACAACGUCGUAUUCUCUGCUUUUCUUAAUCGCAUCAAAAGACAUUAUACGCAAAUUAUGAGGGAGAAAUCAAGCACACCGAGAGUCACGUUGGAUUUCUCGAGAUUACAUUGACGAAAUUGGAUAAUCAAGUGCGUAAUUCUCGAUUUAGUAGAAGGAGUGAUGGAAUAAUUCCAGUCUGUAUAACUCAUGUUGUUUAAUGUGGUUUAUCUCGGUUGCAAGUAAUUUCAGUAGAAAAUACCACAAGAGAUUUUUUCUGGGAAAUUAAAAAAUGCUUUAUUAACGAGAUAUUUGAAUAACUGAUAAAAUUCAUGACAUUAUCUUGGCAAUGAUUUUUUAAAAAUGAAAACUUUGUUGAAAUUUUUAUGCGAAAAUUCCAUCAGCCUUAAAAAAAUUUCUACGUUAAUUCGGAUUGUUUCAUCACUCUGCUACUUAAUUGUGUUCACUAUUAUGCAGUUGAUCAUUCUUUUCAUCUCAAUUAGAUCAGUGAAUGAUCCUCUAACGUUCAGAUAUCAGAAGAAUCAACUAAAUUCAUUAGAAAUGCGAUCGUGCUGGUUAUAAAACUGGAGGAUCGUUUUUCAAAGAAUGAAACAGCUAAUCUCUUACUCUACAUUGAGCGUAAUCCACUAAACUUCUUCAACAAUAAUUCUGUAAUCGAAAUUUUCCCUUCAAAUCUGGUGAACAACUCAAGCGUGAUUUUCGGAGGUGAAAAAUAUGGAUUGAAAAAAAAAUGAAAGCAUAUGUUGAAUCCAUCAUUAUAGAUUUCAAGCACAAUAACGACUAGUAGGGCCAGGCACAAUAAAAAAAUGGCCGUCACGUUGUAGACAGCGAUCUGUUAGAGCGACAAGUCAUAUUAAGUACCUAUAUCGCGAAAUAUUAAAUGAAUAAACACAUAUUGUCUAUUGUCA